AGUCAAAUGUUGAUCUUAGGGUAUGGAAGUAUCAAAUCUUUCCAGAUUAUUAGGAAGGCAUCUUUUUCAAGCAAAAUCAUUUCCAGAAUUGUUUUUGUCCAAUUAAAAUGGUAGCUGUAUUCAACAAAGAGCUCCUGAGUUGGUACCUAAUCACCCUCAAACUCAGGGAAACUGUGGAAUCUGGAAUUCCUAGAUCAUCUACAGGUACCACCAAAUCCCUUGAGUUACCAGAAGAAAAUGAUCAGCAGCUGCAGAAACAACAGCAUGUUCCUUCUGGUUCCCUGCAGGUUCCUAUCAACGAGGAUGGUGAAAACUGUGAAGAGGCAGCCAGUUCACCAGAGCCUGAGUGGAUUAUAUCCAUCAAAGAAAAGCUAGAGCAGGCAAGGCAAGAUGAUUCAGCAGGUUCGUGGGAAAAGUUGAGCAUCUAUAGAGUUCCUCACUACCUAAGAGAAGGUGAUAUUAAAGCUUAUGUCCCCCAAAUUGUCUCCGUGGGACCUUACCAUCAUGGCAAGAGACGCCUACGCCAAAUGGAUCAGCACAAGUGGCGUUCUCUUCACCGUGUCCUAAAGCGUACUAAUCAGGAACUACAGCUGUAUCUUGAUUCCAUGAAGGAACUUGAAGAAAGAGCUCGUGCCUGUUAUGAAGGAACCAUCACUCUUAGUAGCAAUGAAUUUGUGGAAAUGUUGGUUCUUGAUGGCUGCUUUGUGCUUGAACUCUUUCAAGGAGCUGCUGUAGGAUUCCAACGUCUUGGCUAUGCUAGAAAUGAUCCUGUUUUUGCAAUGCGCGGCUCGAUGCAUGCUAUUCAUAGAGACAUGAUAAUGUUAGAGAACCAGCUUUCACUCUUUGUUCUUGAUAUGCUGCUGGGGAUUCAGCUUGGUGAACCUGACCAGAAGGGAAAGGUUGCCAAGUUAGCAAUCAGAUUCUUUGACCCUCUAAUGCCAACAGAUGAGCCAUUAACAAAGAGUGACAUGAACAGAUUUGGAUCCUCUCUGGGGCAUACAAACAUCUUCGACCCUUUUUCUGAUCUGGGUGGCCUUCAUUGCCUUGAUGUUUUCAGAAGAAGUCUGUUAAGCUCUGGUCCCAAACCUGUACCUAGAAUCUGGCUCAAGAAAAGGCCAAAUGCUAUUCGUGUUGCUGAUAAGCGAAGGCAACAACUAAUUCAUUGUGUAUCAGAGCUCAGAGAGGCUGGUAUUAAGUUCAAGAAAAGGAAGACUGAUCGCUUCUGGGACAUUAAGUUUAAGAACGGGAUUCUUCGCAUUCCUCGCCUCUUGAUUCAUGAUGGAACUAAGUCCCUUUUCCUCAAUCUGAUUGCAUUUGAGCAGUGUCAUCUUGAUUGCAGCAAUGAUAUUACUUCCUAUGUGAUAUUCAUGGAUAACUUGAUCAACUCACAUGAAGAUGUGGGAUACCUCCAUUACUUUGGUAUUAUUGAGCACUGGCUUGGCAGUGAUGCAGAAGUAGCUGACCUUUUCAACCGCCUCUGUCAAGAGGUUGUUUUUGAUAUCAAUAACAGUUAUCUUUCCCAAUUGUCUGAAGACGUGAACAGAUAUUACAAUCACAGGUGGAAUGCUUGGCGUGCAACCUUGAAACACAGAUACUUCAACAAUCCUUGGGCCAUCAUCUCAUUUUUUGCCGCUUGCAUCUUGCUGGUGCUUACUUUUGCACAGACCUUUUAUGGAGUUUAUGGAUAUUAUAGGCCAAGGUCUUGAAUUCAGUAAGGCCCUCUAAUCAAUCUCUCUAAUCUGUUUGAAGAGAAUGCUUUUAUAUAUAUACAUCAAUGACUUCCAUUCAUUUCUUCAAUUAUUAGGCUAAGACCUUGUUGUAGGCAAAAUGUGUUUGUAUCAGCAUACACAAAAUACAAAAGGAUGCAGCAAUGCCAAUGUUGGUUUGAAAAUCUAA